GUUCCUGUCGGUAACACGUCAGGAUAGUAGAAGAAGAGGAAACGUUUUGCCAUAUGGGUCUGAGACAGAAGAGAAGGUAAACUGCAAACAUGGCCAAAAUUAGCCAAAAAGCUGCAAAGUCCUCUGACCAACAGAAGAAGGAGAAGAAUAAAAGUUUUAACAACAAGAAAAAGAAGCCGAAGAAAGAUGUGAAACCUCGACUUGAAGAACAUCUGGAGCAGAUACCUUUUCGUCUGCGUGAAAUUAUGAAAAGCAAAGAGAGAAUGAAAAUGGGAUCCAGCAAGCUGAAGAAAAUCAUGAGGGAUGCCAAGGCCAAAGCACGGACAGAAACCUCUGUAGAGGAAGAUAUUCCAGUUCCACACUUUCGCAGAGGAAAGCAAGAGUCAGAAUCGGCUUACCUGAGCCGCAUGUCUCGAGAAACCCAGCACGUUCUCUUCCUCACCAAAAACCAGGCUGAGAGACAGCCUGAGCUGCAGCUGGAGGAGAAGGAAACAAAGUCAAGCAAACAUAAAUCUGAAAAAAAGAUACUGUUUAAUAAAGGACGAUUAGAGCGGCUACAUAAGAAAAAGCUUGAGCAACGUGAGGAGAGAGCGGAAAAAGAGAUGUUUGUAGAUGACGUACAGUUUGGAGAGGUCGCCAUGGAACCUCCAUCACUGACUGCCAAACCCAAGAAGGCUCCAGUGAAAUCUCAGGGGGCAUCCAAGGGCCUUCUUCUGAAUUCUCUACUCGGCCACACUGCCUUAUCAACAGUCAAGCCCUCCAUGGCUAGACAGAGGAUGAUGGAGGAAGAACGUGAGAGGGUGGUGCAGGCAUACCGGCACCUGAAGAAGCAGAAACAAGAACAGCAAGAGCAACAAAAGGCAGCGAUACACAAACUAAAGGAUCUUCAAUGAUACAAUUGUAUGCAAAAGUUUAAACACCCAAGGUUAGAUUGCAUCUUGAGUGAAAAUAAGCACACAUCCUCUACAGAGAACUUAAAAUUGCACAAUUUGUUUAAUUCAGUAACUAAUAAUUAAUAAUAUGACUGUGACUUCAGAAAGGAGGGGUCAUCUGUUUCAGUUCUGAAUUGUCCACCACAGUUUGGUAAUUUCACUGCUACAAAACACCAGUUAAACCUGCUUUAACUGGUGUUACUGCAGUUACACCAGUUAUGUCAGAGAGACAUGACUGUUCUCUAACGUUAUCAUAGUUUAGUGCAUUUGAAUUGUAUCUGGUCAGUGACGUGUGAGGAUAAGCAGCUCUUAUGCAUGAAAAUUGAAUGGCUGAAUAAUGGAAUUAGCUUUAUGGGCUAGAAGUAUCAAACAUCAAAUAAAUACAAUAUACCAACAUAUGAUAAUAAAGACUAUGAUGAAAUAGAACAAAUGUACAUAUAAAAAAGUGAUUAAACUAAUUUUACAAUAAAAUAAGUUAUUUAACAUAGGUUUGGAUCAUUAGUACCACUUUUGGCUCAUUUGUUGGUUUGUAUAUUUUUGAAUGCUGAAAAGAAGUUGAGAUUGUUUUUUACCUAUCCAGUUUCUUUGUGCUAACAAUUAUAAAUAAACCUUGAAUUUUGUAAAAAAAAAAAAACAAUAAAAUAAUCAUAAUUACUGAA